AUGUUGCUCCAAUACCAUAUGCAAGCGAAUUACCUGGGUAACCAGAUGGUACCCUGCACAUGUCGACGAGUACCCCUUCAAGAAACAUUUCUCCAUCGAAUACUUACUGGCAAGGGGUAUGAGUAUGAGAACACAUCAGAAAGCUGCAACAGCAGUGACAAAAAUUACCAUGCUGACAACACGCAACGCCACAGUCCCAAUGACUACCCAUGCGAAACAUCACGAGUGGAACUCCAAACAUCUUUCCUCCAGUGUCACCGAAGACUCCAGUCACAAGAAACUGGUGGUGCCAUGGACUCUUCUCCUUCAACAUCUUCUUCUUCCCCCUCCCCCUCCUCCUCUUCACCUUUUCGAAUAAACUCCCGAAGACAUUUUAACAGAUCCGAGCCAUUGUCUGUCAGUGCGAGUUCAGCUUCAUCACCUUCUUCAUCUCCCUUGUCACCUCAGCACCUCCCUUCCAAGGAGUGCACACCUCCACAUCCUGAAGAAUUAGAUUCUUCAUCGUCACCCCAUCGGUCAUCAUCUUCUUUUGCCUCCCACUGA